GUGCUUUUAAGAGGGGUCGCAGAGAGGGUUACGGUCCCUCUGUUGUUACAGACCCACGCAGGGCACCGGGCUGGCUGCGCGCACGAAGCACUUGGGUUUGGGAGUCACACGAGACGCGAGGCAACUCUUCCCAAAUGGGCCACGCUGCGUAUUGAGAAACAGAGAGAGGCACAGAGGCUUCCUUCUUCAAAUGUUAUCAUACAGAGGGACCAGACCACCAUGGAGAAAGCCAUUGCUGGCCUGCGCCAUGGGGACUUUGAGCUCUCCGAUGUGUUUUACUUCUGCAAAAAGGGGUAUGAAGCGAUUGUGGAAGACGAAGUCACCCAGAGGUUCACCUCGGAGGAGCUGGUCUCCUGGAACCUCCUCACCAGGACCAACGUCAACUUUCACUACAUCAGUUUACGGCUGACCAUCGUGUGGGUCAUUGGCGUCUUCGUUCGCUACUGUCUCCUGCUGCCUCUUCGGGUUACCUUGGCACACAUUGGGAUCCUUUCCAUGAUUUGCGGCAGCACGCUGGUAGGCCAGCUUCCAAACGGGGAAACCAAAGACUGGCUGAGUGACCUUGUCCACCUCACCUGUUCCCGGAUCCUUGUCAGAGCGCUUUCUGGCAACAUUUAUUACCACAACAAGGAGAACAAGCCUAAGAAAGGAGGGAUUUGUGUUGCCAACCACACAUCCCCAAUAGACGUCAUAAUCUUGACCAAUGAUGGCUGUUACGCAAUGGUGGGCCAAGCUCACGGGGGCCUAAUGGGCGUUAUUCAGAGGGCCACUGUCAAAGCCUGCCCACAUGUUUGGUUUGAACGCUCCGAAAUGAAAGAUCGCCACCUGGUGACGAAAAGGUUGAGGGAACACGUUGCGGAUAAGGAGAAGCUGCCCAUUUUAAUUUUCCCAGAAGGCACUUGUAUAAACAACACCUCGGUCAUGAUGUUUAAAAAGGGAAGCUUUGAAAUCGGUGGCACAAUCUACCCAGUUGCUAUCAAGUACGACCCCCAGUUUGGCGACGCCUUCUGGAACAGCAGUAAGCACGGCAUCGUCAGCUAUCUUCUGCGAAUCAUGACCAGCUGGGCCAUCGUGUGCCACGUUUGGUACCUGCCGCCCGUGACGAGAGAGGAAGGAGAAGAUGCCGUUCAGUUUGCUAACAGGGUGAAGUCUGCUAUCGCUCGCCAAGGAGGACUUACGGAAUUGCCCUGGGACGGAGGUUUGAAACGAGCCAAAGUCAAGGAGACUUUCAAGGAAGAGGAGCAGAAGAACUACAGCAAGAUGAUAAUAGGAAAUGGAGCCUUGUCGAGUCGACCAGCAGACUCUGACUGAUCUCUUCUGGCGGACGCUUUCCAUGCCUCAUCGCUAUAGAAACGUGUGGAUUGUCCCCCCCCCAUUAGAAAAGAGAAGAAAUCAAAGCACCAAGCGUGGGGAGAGCCAAGACAUCGCUUUGUUUUCCCUUCAGCUGUGGCUUGUUGGUUUUGCCACUGUCCGCCGGUGAAUUCUUGCUUUUGAUGUCUGGGAAAAGAGGACUGGAUUGAAGCAGAAUGGAAAAAUUCCAGGCAGCAACUUCUGAAUGAUUGCCCAAGGGGGAUUGUAGAUAAUGAUUAUUAUAAUAAUAAUAGUAAUAAAAAUCGAGCCCAAGUUAUGUAGUUUGUACAAAUAACAGUCAACGUUGUUUAAGUGGUUAUGGAAAGUUUGGGAAACUCCUCUACCGUCACUCUGAUGGAUUGCUGUGUGUUGAUUGUUUGAAUAGGUGGUCUAACAUUUCGAUGGCUUGUUUUCGAUGGGUGUAUUUUUGUUGUUGCCGAGAAGUUUUUAGGGAGGAAGUGAAUGUCAUUUAGUGUUAACCAGGAUGAACAGCUAGAAAAAUGAAACCUCGACUGGUGGCUGUUCUUGACAGUUGCAGUGAGGAACCAAAACAGCCUGCAGACAUUGUUUUUAUUUUUGUUCUUUUAAAAAGGUUGCUUCUUAUAGAAAUCCACUCCAUCUUUCAGAAGAACUGUCUGGGAAAAAUGUUUGAUCCAGUCUGGGGGGCCACUGUCCCACCCCUUGCAGAACGGAGAAGAGCAAGUGGUUGAAACGCUCAAUUUUUUAAAAAAUCACUCUUCUCCCUUUGUAAUAAAACGCUAAAAAGUCGGAAGGGGAAAAAAUACUGGAGGUAAACAUUGUCUGAUGAAAUGCACUUCUUCCAUGGUCUGUGUUGGCAGCAGCCCUAUAUGUGUAUCUGUCACUUCCUGUAUGAGAAAUGUUAUGUUGCCUUAUUGUAAAUUGAAAUAAAUUCUAUAUUUCUA